AUGUUCGAGGUCUCUGGUUGUCAGAAGUCUGCACUGCAGGCUGGAGGUGACAAACAGCGCGCUGUGCGGUGGAUGGGCGACCUCUGGCAGUGUUCAGCUGAAUUCCACUGUCCAGUUGAGAAGUCUAAGGAGAGAACGGGGCAAAGGUACCUGAGCGAAACAUUGCUAGAAAUGGUGCUAGAAACAGUGAAGAAGGAAUCCCACCCUGACUGGGCGUGCAGCAAGUUCCUGGUCAGAGCCUUCAAACAGGCAGGCUUCGAUGUGGUGGAGGACAGCAUCCAGGUGAAGAACGCCUGCAGCGGCGGGGGCGGCUUUAUGAGCGAGACACUGCUUUUGCGGGGGCGGACACUCAGCGGAGACGUGGCCAGCCUUGUGGUGAAGGCGUCUCUGCCCGGAGGCGGGGACGGCGCGCUCAGCUCCGACAUGCUGUUCCGGAGGGAGAGCGCGCUGUACACGAGGACUCUGCCCGCUGCGGAGGCGGCGCUGAAGGCUGCUGAAGAUGGCGCGUGGCGGCCGCUGUGGCCCGCCUGCCCGGGUUUGUUCGGCGGCGGGGGCGGCUGCCUGCUGCUGGAGGACGUGGUGGCCGCGGGAUUCCGCAAGGCCUCCAGCGCCGCCUCGGCUCGCGGGCUGGAUCUGGAGCACUGUCUGGUCGCGAUGCGUGGGCUGGCGCGCCUCCACGCUGCCACCACGAGAAAUGCUUGCCAGGAUGCCCAGGCUGAGGCCCUGCUAAGAGAGUCCGUCUUCUUUGGCUCCAGCCAGGGUCCACUGCGCCACUUGCAGACCAAGACCACCAUCCUCAAGAUGGCUGAAAUACUCAGCCGCUAUCCGUGGUUCCGCAUGUAUAAGGAUAAGUUCCUGCAAUUCGCGGACAAAUUGUUAUUGCGAGCUGUUGACGCCGUCAGUAGGUGCGACAACAAACUCACUGUUAUGCUGCAUGGGGACUUCCAGAAGAACAAUAUGAUGUUCCGGUACUCAGACAAGGAGCUCGAAGUCAUUUUUUACGAUUAUCAGGGAGCCCAUAUCGGAUCUCCAGCGGAGGACCUGCAAUACUUCUUGCACACUAGCGCUAGCCUGGAGGUUCUGCAACAGCACACGGACCUGCUGCUGUCUGAGUACCACCGCACCCUGCACCACACACUGCGGGCCCUGGGGCUGCAGGAACAGGCGGUCGCCUACCCACUGAACCAGCUAAGGAGAGAGAUGGAGCAGCUAGCGCUAGUAGGGGUCUUCUGCACCUACGUUGUGCUGCCCGUUAUGCUGAACCUAGCAGCUGUCGAUUUUGAUCAAGAUACAUCGUCACCCAGCUUUGCAGCCAAUGUGGACAAGUUAUUACAGAAAUGCUAUACAAACCCUGAGUACCUGAGCGAAACACCAGCAGACAUGGUACUAGAAAUAGUGGAGAAGGAAUCCCAUCCUGACUGGGCCAGCAGCAAUUUCCUGGUCAGAGCCUUCAAACAGGCAGGCUUCGAUGUGGUGGAGGAGAGCAUCCAGGUGAAGAACGCCUGCAGCGGCGGGGGUGGCUUCAUGAGCGAGACACUGCUGCUGCGGGGGCGGACGCUCGACGGAGGCGUGGCCAGCCUGGUGGUGAAGGUGUCUCUGCAAAGAGGCGGAGACGGCGCGCUCAUCUCCGACAUGCUGUUCCGGAGGGAGAGUGCGCUGUACACGAGGACUCUUCCCGCUGCGGAGGCGGCGCUGAAGGCUGCUGAGGGUGGCGCGUGGCGGCCGUUGUGGCCCGCCUGCCUUGGCGUGUUCGGCGAUGGAGGCGGCUGCCUGCUGCUGGAGGAUGUGGUGGCCACGGACUUCCGCAAGGCCCCCAGUGCCGCUUCGGCUCGCGGGCUGGAUCUGGAGCACUGUCUGGUCGCCAUGCGUGGGCUGGCACGCUUUCACGCUGCCACCACGAGGAAUGCGCUCCAGGACGCCCUAGUCGAACCCCUGCUGCGAGAGUCCGUCUCUUUUGGCUCCAGCCAGAUCCCACUGCUUCAGUCGCAGACCAAGACAACCGUCCUAAAGAUGGCUCAAAUACUCAACCGCUAUCCGUGGUUCCGGCGGUAUAAGGACAAGUUCUUACAAUUUGCGGACACGUUGCUGCUGCGAGCUGUUGACGCCGUUAGCAGCUGCGACAACAAACUCACUGUCAUGCUGCAUGGGGACUUUCAGAAGAACAAUAUGAUGUUCCAGUACUCGAAAGAAGAGCUUGAAGUCAUAUUCUACGAUUAUCAGGGAGCCCAUAUCGGAUCUCCAGCGGAGGACCUGCAGUACUUUCUGCACACGAGCACCAGCCUGGAGGUGCUGCAGCGGCACAUGGACCUGCUGCUGUCCGAGUACCACAGCACCCUGCAGCACACGUUGCGAGCCCUGGGGCUGCAGCAACAGGCGGAUGCCUACCCACUGGAGCAGCUGAGGAGAGAGAUGAAGCAGCUGGCACCAGUAGGGGUCUUCUGCACCUACAACCUGCUGCCUGUCAUGCUCAACCUAGAGGCAGUCGAUUUCGACCUCGAUACAUCGUCACCCAACUAUGCAGCCAAUGUGGACAAGUUGUUACAGAAAUGCUACACAAAUCCUGAGUAUUUGUCCUUUGCCGAGUACUUGACGCCAUUUUUUGAGAGGAACUGUCUUCUAGAAAGUUGA